AUGAAGCUGUACAGUGACCUGCACUGGUUUAUAUCCUUGCUCUUGUGUUUUUUCACCUGGAGAUUUGUCUCAUUGACUGUUGCAUUGUGGGAUUUGGGGAAUUUAAAGUUGAAGUUACAUUCAUUUGAGUCGCAUAAAGAUGAAAUAUUCCAGGUUCAAUGGUCCCCACAUAAUGAGACAAUUCUAGCCUCCAGUGGAACAGAUAGAAGGCUCCAUGUAUGGGAUCUUAGUAAAAUGGGAGAAGAGCAGUCAGCAGAGGAUGCUGAAGAUGGACCACCAGAAUUAUUGUUUAUACACAGAGGACAUACAGCAAAGAUCUCAGACUUCUCUUGGAACCCAAAUGAAACCUGGGUAUUAUGUUCAGUAUCAGAAGAUAACAUCAUGCAGGUCUGGCAAAUGGCUGAGAAUAUCUACAAUGAUGUAGAGCCUGAUACUCCAGCAACAGAAUUAGAGGCUACUGCAUCAUAAUGUAUGCGACUUCAGAAUCAUUAAACAUUAUAACAUACUGACUUUAGAUAGCAGUGCUGAUAAAUUAUUCAUGUAAAUCUUGUCAUUAAAAAUACAUUUUAAA